AAGAAUUCCCAAAUUUAUAAGAAGAAACAGAUUCCUGAAGUAGUAGCAGAAGAAGUAUCUACACCCCUUCUAUCUACAAAGAAUCCAAAAAAAAAUGAUCGAAAAGAGAAAGUUAAAAUAGAUGAGAAGCUGAUUACUGAAGCAACUAGUAUGGUGAAAAAAAAUAACAAAAAUAAUAUAGCCUCUUUCUCUGACAAUUCGUCUGAUAUAUCCAGAGAAGAUAGGUUGAAAUCUCUUCUUGAAAACUUAGUUAAAUGUGGUGAAAAGCUUAAAAGCUUAAUAGUUGAUACUUUUGAUAUCUCUUUUAUAUAA